GGACAGAAGGAGGAGGGGACAGGCAGGGACAGGCAGGGAAAGGGGUGUGAGAGGUAAUUUUAACUGAGAGCAAGUGCUCCAGAGAGGGAGAGAGAGCAAGAGCAUGUGUGUGGGAGGGACAGAGAGUGAGAGAGUGUGAGAGCAAGUCAGCGGACGGGGGCUGUAAAUCCGUUAACAGGGGCGCUCUGUGCAUUUGUUAGACAUCUUGGCUGUCAGCCCAACUUGGCUCAUUGUAAUCAAGGCAUGAUCGUGGACUCCAAGCAGCCCUCUCCGCCACCUCGGCUGUUGCCUCGCGCUUGGACCCAGCCCAGGUUUCAACGCUGACAUGGAGAGACCUGCGAUCACAGUGACAGGGGCUCGGAGAGAGAAAGGAGGUACCCCAAACCCAGACGGGUACAUCCACAUCUCCCUCACCACACAUGGAAAAUGCUGUGUCCCUCCCUCGCUGUGAUACUGUAGCUGGCUGUUCUUGUUAGCCACCAUUCGCCUGCAUGAGUGCUGGUGGUGUUCCUUUCCCUCUCUGUCCUAUUCCUGGUGUCAUCAUGGCCUGUUUUGUUUGGAUACCCUGACAACCAGAAACUCUAAAGCAGCUCGGCACUUCCCGCCCUGCCUCUCUACCCCCAGUGACGUCAUGUUGAAGAAAGAGAAGGAUGUGGAGCUGGAUAAGAAGAUUGAGGCACUCCGCAGGAAGAAUGAAGCACUCAUGAAGAGGUACCAGGAGGUAGAGGAAGACAAGAAGAGAGCGGAGAAGGAAGGAAUGAUACUGCAAAGCCCUAAGGGUAAAGCAGGGGACUUAACCAUCACCAUCAACAAGUCUACCAGCGAUCCUCGUGUUGUGAUGACCAAACCAGGGGCGGGUGGUUCUCCCACCACAAAGUGGGUCCAGGAGCUUGGGGAGAGGGAGGCGGAGGGGAACCUGCUGGGCUCUGGGCGGGGCAGGAGGAAGCAGCUACUGGUCACCAUGGCUGGCAACACAAAGGGUAAGAGGGUGGUGAGUGAGAGGCUGGAGAGAAGACCAGGUCCAUUUCCCCUCAGUCCACUGGAUGUGAAGAGCCCUACAGAGGACAACCAGCACCGUGUGGAAUCAACAGCAAGAGGAAAACACCAGCACACUCACACAGCAAAGAGGGACACAGGACCACAGGAUGAAGUGGGGCAGGGGAAGCUUUUGACAGAGGAGCGUCACUGGCUGUCAGAGUGUGAGCCUUACCACCAGGAGUCUGAGAGGCUAGACCCAGCGGGCGACACAGACCUCACCAUCCCCACGUCUAAAGUGGAGCAGCAGGAGUACUUGUGCUGGAAGAUGGAGCGUGAGCAGAUCGACCGUGAACGCUUGGCGCGCCACAGAAAUGCCAAGGGCCAGUGGAGGCGGGCCUGGGACAUGGACAAAACAGAGAAUAUGUUUUCAGAUAAAUCUCCUAGGGAGAGAGAAAGGGGGCCUACAGCCAGAGGAGGAAGAAAUGCAAAGAGAGGUCACCCCAAAUCAAAUGCUGAUCCACUGGGUCAGCAGCUGUGGGGCAAAGACAAGCGGGGUAAAAAUGUUCCAGUGGUCAGCAGUAAAGCCAAGGGCAAGGACCGGCUGACUGGGAGGGCCAGAAGAUGGGAUGCCAGCGAGGAUGGGGAGGAUUUGCAGGCCUCUAAGACUAGUUUGGAGGAAUUCUUAGAAGAGCUUGAUGCUUUGGCUGACCCUGACAUGGAUGACUCCACUGCAGAAACUCCAGAGGUCAAAAAGGGUGACCUCAAAAUGGAGUCUUCGCUAACCCUGGAUGUGAUGAAGACCGAGAAAGUGAGUGGAAGCGUCAGUCCUGGCCUGGACAAGUCAGAGACGGCUCAGGCCCCAGUCGACCCCCUGGAGGACGGGACAUCCAAACAGGGGAAGGCUGAGGCCUCGUUCCCUCAAGCUACAGAGAAGAAGGUCCGCUUCUCAGAGGAGCUCAUCAAGGGGCCCGGGGCCUACGAGAAGCCCAGUACUGGAGCCCAGAACUCUGCCCACUCAGAAACCAAGGGCACCAGCGUGUUAAAAGUUGCCUCCCCCAUCAAAAACGGACAGAAGUUCGAGGAGCAGAAGCAGUCCCCCAAGGGCGACCAGGAGGAUGCUGGUAAUGACCUGGACUGGGGGGAUCGGCAGGCUGCAGCUGUCCAGGCACAGAGCUCAUCUGAUGGGCAUAGACAGGGUCAGGAGGGCCCUCCGUUUCUUGAUGCCUCCAAAACAGAAUGUGCUGAAAGCGGCCAUGACGGUGUGGUCAGCCCUGUUCUUCUCAUUUCACACAGCGAUGCCCCUCCACAGGAUAAUUCUGUCCAGCCUUUAGAGCAUGCCAAGAGCAAUACAGAGGAGCUGAUUGACUCCAGUCUGUCUGUUCUCAGCCUGGAGUCAGGAGAGACUCACCCAACCCACACCACCAGUACCGAUAAGGCAAGAGAAAAUGGGAAGAUUGUUUGAAGGACUUUUGACGUUGCUGUAACAUUUUCUAGAACUGAACAAUAACAUGCUUAAUUAAUUCAAGCGUUUACCAUGAGCCUUUUAGUUUAAUACCGCACUUGCUUCCAAUAACUCUUUGUAGAUGUCCUGUGUCUAGUUGGUCAGGUUAAGACUAACAUGCACAAUGUUUCUUUUGAAAGGAUGCUAGCUGCUCAAGGUGGGAAAAGGAAACAA